GCCCUGGGUGUGCCUGUCAUCACCUGAUGUCUUUUAUUUGAGGGCCUCUCAUCUGCAGAGCCUAGACGUAGAAGUAAGGCGGCCUGGCAUGCUGAGCCCCAGGCGCUGAGGCCGCGGUCGGUCAUGAAGGACCCAGCAGAGGCAGCUGCGGAGGAGCCGGCCCCGAUGGGGAGGGUGACCGCCGUGGGGCCCUUGAGUGGCAGUGGUGGCAACGGGGCCCAGAGAGAGGCCGCGAGCGCAUCCGUCAGCUGGACACGAGCAGGACCCGAGGAGGCCCAGGCUGAGGACAGAGACGGCGCUGCCCCGCCCCCCGGCGUCGCUCAGCAGGAUGCCCGGACCCCUCCCGGCCAGAUGGGGGCCUACCCAACAGACCUGACCCUGCAGCUGCUGGCCGUGCGGAGGAGGAGCGGGCGGCCGGACCCCGGGCUGCAGCAGGCUCUGCGGGCCCGGCUCCGCCUGCUGGAGAACGACAGCUGGGAGGUGGCCCGCACGCUCGGGGAGCUCUCGGCGCGGCUGCUGUCCAUCCACAGUGACCAGGAUCGCAUUGUGGUGACCUUCAAGACUUUCGAAGAAAUCUGGAAGUUUUCCACCUACCACGCUCUUGGCUUCACUCACCACUGCCUGGAAAACCUGCUCGUGGACCAGGCCUUCUGGCUGCUGUCGCCGGCUGAGGACGAGGAGACGGCCAUCCGGGUCCACGUGGACGAGGAGGCCCUGGGGCUGACGCACGAGAGCCUCCUCCUCCAGGAAGGGCCUUUCUUCGUCUGGGGUCCGGACCUCUACGUGAGAAGGACAACCGUGCCUCAGGGUGCAGGGCGGGGGCCCCUGCCCCUCAGGCGGGCGGCAGGGGCUCCCCCGGGAGAACCAGCCCCAGCAGCGGCAGCAGAAGCAGCAGCGGACUCCCCGGCCCCCAGCCGCAGGCCACCCGCGGAGGAGACGGCCACACCUGCGGGAGAGCCUUUGAUUCCGUUUCAUCAGUGGGCUCUCAGGGUCCCCUGGGACCCCUUCGAGGACUCUGUGGGCGGACCCGUGACGCCGGACGUCCAGCAGAUGGCCGUGGGCCUGGCCUCUGCGGUGGCCGACCACCAGGGCUCGGGGCCUGAAGAGGUGACCUUCCGCCACGGCGACCUCAUUGAGAUCCUGGGCGCCCGGGUGCCCGGCCUGCCCUGGUUCCUGGGCCGGCACGUGUCCUCGGGCCAGGUCGGGUUUGUGCGGACGAGUCUCGUCAGUGUGCAGGGCCACGUGUCUGAGCUGGACAGCGCGGUGUUUCUCGGCGAGGAAGACAGGGCGUUCUUCCGUGAGGCGGGCCGCUUCUCCCAAGUGGACGCCGCGCAGCUGCUGCGGAGGACGUCGGGCACGGACCUGUGCUCCGUGUACAGCCUGGACAGACUGGGAGGAGCCGAGGCUGAGCAGCCAGAAGAGCAAGAAAUGCCUCCUCCUGGCCUGCAUCCAGAGCCACGGGAGACCCUGCAGAAGGUGAAGAAUGUUCUGGAACAAUGGAAGUCCUGCCCCAGCUGCCCCAAGGAGCCGGUCUCCUGGGAUCUCCAUACCGUGCCCAGCGGUGUGAGCUCACCCGAUGACCAGGAGCCCUGCUUCUGCCUGGACGCUGAGGACGACUGGGCCGACCCGGAGGCCCUGGGCUCCCUGCUGCGCUUCUUGGACUCUCCCAGGUAUGAGGCCUGCUUCCGGGGCCUGUACGACCUCUCCCUGCCGGCACUGAGCACCAUGUUCCGUGGCUUCACCGACGAGGAAGAGCUGGCUGGGCGCCUGGCACGGGCCCGGGGGGUAGCCAAGAAGGCGGACUUCCCCAUGGCCCUGGCCAGGCUCUGCUUCCUCCUGGGGCGGCUGUGCUUGCGGAAGCUCAAACUGUCCCAGGCCCGGGUAUACUUCGAGGAAGCUCUGGGGGCCUUGGGGGGCCACUUCGGCGACCUCUUCCUGGUGGUGGCCCUGUAUGCCAACCUGGCCACCAUCCACCUGAGGCAGAAGAACAGGGAGAAGUGCGGGCAGGUGGUGCCCAGGGCCGCUGCCCUGCUCCUGGGGACAGCCGGCCACGUCUGCAGCACCGAGGCGGAGGCGGAGCUCCUGAGACACGGCCUGCGGAGGGCCAUCAGCGGCCAGAGCCCUCAGGCCGAGGCCCGGGCCUGCUUCCUGCUGGCCAGGCACCACGUGCACCUCAAGCAGCCGGAGGCCGCCCUGCCCUUCCUGGAGAGGCUGCUGCUUCUGCACAGGACCUUGGGAUCCCCGGACGCCUUGUGGCCGGCCGAUGGCUACCUGCUCCUGGCAGACAUCUACAGCCGCAAGUGCCUGCCCCACCUGGCGCUCAGCUGCGUCAAGGUGGGCUCGCUGCGGACGCGGGGCUCUCUGGCCAGCUCGCUCCGGAGCGUGGACCUGGUCCUGAGGAAUACCCCCCAGUCCCCGCGCCUCCCCGCCCAGACCGCGCACUACCUCAGGCAGGCGCUGGCCGCCACGGCCUUGAGCCCAGGGCCAGCGCCCCGCGGCCUCCUGCACGCCAGCCUGGCCAGGCUGCACAGCCUCCAUGGGCAGCACGGCCAGGCCAUCUCCGCCAUGCUGCGGGCCGUGGAAGCCGACGCCCAGGUGGACGGCGGCCUGCUCGUGGACCGCCUGGUGGCCCUCGCCUGGCUGCACGUGCUCCACAGGCAGAGCUCAGUGGCCCUGGACAUCCUGGAGUUGGUCCUGGAUGCAGCUGUGGCCAGCGCGGACCAGGAGGGCGUGGUCGCCAACAUGACGGCCAUCGCCCUGAAGAGGACGGGCCGGACCCGGCAGGCGGCCGAGGGCUACUACCGCGCCCUGCGCAUCGCCAAGGCCCGGGGCCAGCCGCGGAACCAGGCGGUGGCCCUGGCCAACUUCGGGGCCUUGUGCCUGCGGGCCGGGGCGCGCGGGCUGGCCCAGCACUACCUCCUGGAGGCCGUGCAGCUCUUCUCGCGGCUGCCCAGCGGGGAGUGCGGCCGGGACUUCACCCAGGUGCUCCUGCAGCUGGGCUGCCUGUACACCUGCCGGGCCCUUGCCCGGCAGGGCAAGUGCUACUAUGAGUGGGCCUUCCUGGUCGCCGUGGAGACGGACCACUUGGAGAGCCAACUGCACGCCGUCCAGCGGCUCUGUCACUUCUACAGCACGGUCAAGCCCCGGGCGGCCCAGUGCGUGGUCUACCAUGAGUUCCAGCUCUCACUGGCCCGAAGAGUGGCCGACAAGGCGCUGGAGGGGCAGCUCCUGGAGACCAUCAGCCAGCUCUACCUGUCCCUGGGCACUGAGCGGGCCUACAAAUCGGCGCUGGACUACACCAAGCGCAGCCUGGGGAUAUUCAUCGACCUCCAGGAGAAGGAGAAGGAGGCAUACGCCUGGCUGCAGGCUGGGAAGAUCUACUACCUCCUCCAGCAGAACGAGUUGGUGGACCUGUACAUCCAGGUGGCACAGGACGCAGCCCUGUACACGGGGGACCCCAACCUGGGGCUGGAGCUGUUCGAGGCUGCCGGAGACAUCUUCUUCAACGGGGCCUGGGAGCGGGAGAAAGCCGUGUCCUUCUACAGGGACCGGGCGCUGCCGCUGGCUGUGACCACAGGGAACCAGGAGGCAGAGCUCCGGCUGUGCAACAAGCUGGUGGCGCUGCUGACGGAAGUGGGGACACCGCAGGAGGGCCUGGAGUUCGCCCACGUGGCCCUGGCUCUCAGCAUCUCGCUGGGGGACCGUCUGAACGAGCGCGUGGCUUACCACCGGCUGGCCGCCCUGCACCACCAGCUGGGCCACGGCGAGCUGGCCGAGCACUUCUACCUGAAGGCGCUCUCGCUCUGCACCUCGCCGCUGGAGUUCGAUGAGGAGACACUGUACUACGUGAAAGUGUACCUGGUGCUCGGGGACAUCAUCUUCUACGAGCUGAAGGACCCGUUCGACGCGGCCGGGUACUACCAGCUGGCGCUGGCGGCGGCCGUGGACCUGGGCCACAAAAAGGCCCAGAUGAAGAUCUACGCGCGCCUGGCCACCAUCUACCACAGCUUCCUGCGGGACCGCGAGAAGUCUCUCUUCUUCUACCAGAAGGCCAGGGCCUUCGCUUCAGAGCUCAACCUCCGCAGGGCCAACCUGGCCCCCCAGCGGUGCUGGGGGCGGGUGCCCUGGCUGGCCUCCGGCGGCCACUCGCCCUGAGGGCCCGUGUUUUGGGUGUGGGGCCUGGCGCUCAGUUUCUGGGAAACGAGGGCAGGGGCCGAACAGCAAUAAAUGUGUUUGCAGCCACCUCCUCAAGUCUGCAGGCCUCCUGGGGAGCGAGCACCCAGGGACGAGGCCCCGACCGGGGGCCACCCUGCUGCUGCACCCCACCCUCAGGUAUAAGUGGGAAGGCUGGGAGUCCCACAGGCCCAGGCCAGGUCCCCUGCCAGGCACUCACACGCGGCCUUGGGCGCAUCACUCACUUGUCCCUCCUCGGAGCCCUUGCCAUGUGUCUGGCGUGGAGUUCUAGCCUCUAACCUUCAGGCCUCCCUGCGGGGUUGGACGGCUGUGGGCCCCUUUUACAGCUGAAAAACAGGACCAGAGAGGUCGGGUGCUUUGCCCACAGUCACACAGCGGG